CAUACCCUCCAAGAAAUGUUAGGGUCACAGAUGUCAAAGGAGAGUCCAUCACAUUGACAUGGCUAGAACCCCUUAAGGUCAAAGAUGUCAGCCCAACAUCCUACAAAUACGUCAUUCAGAUGUGCCUCUAUACUGAUGGCAACAACCUGAAUGAAUGGACAGAAUGCUAUACAACAACAGAGCGCAAGUGUACAGUCCAAGUUCAGCACAAUGGAACCUGCCGUUUCUGCGUGUCAACCCUUAAUACAGACAAGAAUGUCAGAAGCCUUCCACAGGAAAUGGAAGACCCAGAGAUACGUAUUCACACCAAGCAGGGGAGUCCAAAGCCAGAAUUGUCGAAACGAGCAAACGCUCACAACCGUCUACCAGGCUCAAAGACAAAAGGCCAGGAGAAAGGAAGCAUAAUUUUUGUUAUGUCCUGUCAAGACAUCAGUGGUCUCCGUGACCUGUGGAUGAACUAUAAGCUGGGGAACAUGGAGCCAUUCUUCAAGGAACUGCUUUCCUUAGAGGCUAGUGUUGUCACUGGCAAUGGUGAACUUGACAUUGAAAUCAACGAAGAGGAUUUCUAUGCCUGUCGUCAACAUCUCCUGUUGACUCAUGCCCAUGCCAAAGGAUUUCGAGUUGUAAAAACAGGGAAUGCCCGUUUCAAAGCUUGCACCCCAAUGGGACUAAGUGAGGACUACCCUGUCUACUGCAAACCACUAAAGUACAACACAACCUGCUCACAGCUGGACUAUCUGGACCCUGCAGUGUUCACUAGCCAAGGAGCAUCAAAAGUAUCGACAAAGAAGAAUUUAAACAGGACAGUGGAGUGGUUGUCUAGGACAAGGCAGAGGUCACCUGAGACAAGAGCAAGGUCACCUGACACAAGGUCACCGGAGACAAGCAAAGUAUCAGAACCAGCAGUCACCUUGUUUGGAGCAGUUAUUGGUGACGACGAAGAACUCAGAGACUGUCAAAGUCAGCACGAAGAUCACCUUAAGGCAGAUGCAGCAUUGUUGGUACAUUGUUGGGCAGUCCCGGACUCAGCAGAACAACGCUUUGCAUCUUCACUCAAAGUCAAGAGGGUACAAAUAAGAGUAGUGACCUUUGAAGUGAGGUUUGACUCCACAAAGCCUGAUGGCUUUACAAAAAUAAUGGCACCUGGAAGUCAGCCUAUCCUAGAAGCACUUCAAGAUGAUUCAAGGCUGCAAUAUAGGAAGUUCAAUCUUGUAAAGGUCUUUCUAGAUCCAGAGGAUGAUAGUAAGAUAAAAGGGGAACCAAACCUUGGCAGCCCUUGCAGCAGCAUUGCAGGUGGUAAGUUUAAGGCAAGAUUUAACAAACAGCUCUCAGCUGGUCAAAUACUUAGUGACUAUAAUGAUGAUGAAUUGAAGUCUGGCAAGAGGUGCAAAUUCUAUGUCGAUGUUAGUGAGCAAAGAAGUAAAUCCAAGUGGAUUACUAAGAUGGAUCCAAUUAAGCUCCAUUUCCCUGUUUUGCUGAUUGACUGCUUACCUGAUGACACUCUUCUGUCAGCUCUGCUGAGGGAUGGUAGGAUCAAUGUCAGCAAUGUGAGGUCCUGCAUGCUCAUUUACAAAACAAAAUGUGGUGAUAACAACAUUGCCCAGCUGACAGAUGAUGUUCAUUUCCAUCAUGAUAAUACCUUUGUGUGUACAGUCAUUGAUGAGCCACAGGUUGGUGAGGAUGUUUGGGAAGAGGCAGUUCACAACAAAGUCCAAAUUGAUCACACUGUAGUCAGCAGCCUCACAAAUGAAAGAAGGAUUGGUUGCCCUAGGACAGAAAGUCCUGGUCAAAAAGAAAGAAUUAAUAACAGUGGUUCCACUCCUGAAGUAGGGAACCCAUGUUCAUGGGCAAACAACAUUGAGGAAAUCAUACCGAAACAGAUGAAUACUGACCUUCAAUCAAAAAAAUCUAAAAGAAAAGAAAUGAUGAGAAGGAACAAAUUGGAUAAGUUUACUGAUCCAUUUGUUCACAAUGUCAAUCAGUGGAGCAAUGGCAUGUCAAUCCAAAUGAUGCAGAGCCUUCUUAGCUAUUCUAACUCUGUAGGAGUCCUGUUCAAAGAUGAUCAUAUGUGUGGGACAUGUUUUAGAGUUGGCCCAAAGUUUAUUCUGACAAACCAUCAUGUCAUGGACAUAGCAGGUCUGUCGAGUGGAAAUUGCAGUGGUGCCUUUGUGCACUUUAACUACUUGGGAAAUCUGCCGGAUCCUAAUGACAGUAUCAGGUACAAUGUUAAAGAAGUAAUACACAGUCAGGAUGAGUUGGAUUACAGUUUUCUUGAACUGGAAAUUCCUGAAAACAAGUUUCAGAGAGUCCAGGAAAAGCUGCCAGGCUUAGAGUAUUUGAUAGGGCCAAUAAGAGAGGGAAGUACUGUGACUAUUAUUGGACACCAACUUGGUGGUCCCAAAAAUAUUGAUGUAGGUUGUCCUCUUGUGAAUCCUGCAUAUUAUUCAGAGUUCAAUCCAAAUUCCACAGGGGGUGCUGAUUUCUCGGCAUUGGCAGACCCUAGAAGGGCUACAUACAAGACUUGCUUAGGUGCUGGCUCUUCUGGGUCCCCGGUUUUUGACGAAAUUGGAAAUUUAAUUGCUGUGCAUACCCGUGGCUGCCUUUUGUAUAAAGGAUCUCCAAGCAUAGUGGGACAAGGGAUUACAAUGACUGCCAUUGCUGAUGAUAUCAAAAAACACAAUCCUGAAUUGUUUACUUAUUUCCCAAAGGGUUGAUUUGAUUUAUUGGAAUUGUGACAAUGCAAUAGAAUCAGAUAAAACACAUUCAGGAAGCUAUACGGGGUAUGGUGACCCACACAUAAAAGUUACAGAACAGGUAGCUUGACAAGAUGAAGUGUGGUUAAGAAAAUUGAUAGUUUAAGAUCCAGGGGA